CUAGCCGCGCGGCAGGGGGAAGCGCGGCGCUCGGACCGGAAGCCGCUGUUCCGCGGGACGGCCGCCCCUCCGCGCGGCCGUGAGUGGGCGGGUCCAGAUCCGGCGAGCAACCGCCGUGGCUUCCGGUUCCGAUGACAGACGCGCCGGAAGCCAAGGUCCCAGCUGCGGGGAUCAGGCAGAGGUCACCAUGGAGCAGUGUGCAAGUGUGGAGAGGGAGGUGGACAAGGUCCUGCAGAAGUUCCUGACCUAUGGGCAGCACUGCGAGCAGAGCCUGGAGGAGCUCCUACACUAUGUGGGCCAGCUGCGGGCUGAGCUGGCCAGCGCAGCCCUCCAGGGGACCCCUCUGUCAGCCACCCUCUCCCUGGUGAUGUCCCAGUGCUGCCGGAAGAUCAAAGACACUGUGCAGAAGCUGGCUUCGGACCACAAGGACAUUCACAGCAGCGUCUCCCGAGUGGGCAAAGCCAUCGACAGAAACUUUGACUCAGAGAUUUGCGGUGUGGUCUCUGACGCGGUGUGGGACUCGAGGGAGAAGCAGCAGCAGAUCCUGCAGACGGCCAUCGUGGAGCACCUGUACCAGCAAGGCAUGCUCAGCGUCGCCGAGGAGCUGUGCCAGGAAUCAACACUGAAUGUGGACUUGGACUUUAAGCAGCCUUUCCUUGAGUUGAAUCGAAUCCUGGAAGCUCUGCAUGAACAAGACCUAGGGCCGGCAUUGGAAUGGGCCGUCUCCCACAGGCAGCGCCUGCUCGAGCUCAACAGCUCCCUGGAGUUCAAGCUGCACCGCCUACACUUCAUCCGCCUCCUGGCAGGCGGCCCCGAGAAGCAGCUCGAGGCCCUCAGCUAUGCCCGGCACUUUCAGCCAUUUGCUCGGCUACACCAGCGAGAGAUCCAGGUGAUGAUGGGCAGCCUGGUGUACCUGCGGCUGGGUUUGGAGAAGUCGCCCUACUGCCACCUCCUGGACAACAGCCAUUGGGCAGAGAUCUGCGAGACCUUUACCAGGGAUGCUUGUUCCCUGCUGGGGCUGUCGGUGGAGUCACCCCUCAGCGUCAGCUUUGCCUCUGGCUGUGUGGCGCUGCCUGUGCUGAUGAACAUCAAGGCUGUGAUUGAGCAGAGGCAGUGCACGGGGGUCUGGAGUCACAAGGACGAGCUACCGAUUGAGAUCGAACUCGGCAUGAAGUGCUGGUACCACUCAGUGUUCGCCUGCCCCAUCCUCCGGCAGCAGACCUCCGAUUCCAACCCUCCCAUUAAGCUCAUCUGUGGCCACGUGAUCUCCCGGGACGCCCUCAACAAGCUCAUUAAUGGAGGAAAGCUGAAGUGUCCCUACUGCCCCAUGGAGCAGAACCCAGCAGAUGGCAAACGCAUCAUAUUCUGAUACCUGCCUUGAAGGAACUUUGUCAGAGGGGUUUUCCACCCACGAGCCUUGCUCUGUCUCCGUGGGGGUGGUUGGCUUCAGUAGACUGUGGUUCAUUUCAGAGCAAAUGCUGAGCACCACCAUGAACAGAGGCCAAGAAGGGAGAGGAGCCCAUCUGUGCCGGGCAGCUGGCUCCUUGGCUGCAAGGGUAGGGACACAGGCCUCUGUCCUCCUGCGGCUGCCCUGUUUCUGUAUGCCAGUGACUUUGUAGCAGCCAACAGAGAAGCAAAGCACUUGGCCAGCUACGCAGACAUUUUUUCAACCCUGCCCCAGUCAGGUCGCUUCCAGUCCUGCCAGCACCUGGCGCCGGAGCCGUGGUUCUUCCUCACGACUGUAUGUAUCCAUUCCCACUGUAAAUAGUCCGGGUUCAAACCCAGUGCCCUGGUUUUAUAAGUGAGCAAAUAUAUUCACAGGCCUUCUCCUUA